AUGCAUACGUGCAUUUUUGUAUGUGUGCAUGUUGAUGAUGAUGCUCCGCUGAAGAGAUUCGCGUGGUUCAUUCCCACCAGACUGCCCUUCAGAUUGUCGGUAACCCUUGUGUUGACUUCGUCCUCGAGACAGUCUCGUCGGGUACCAUUGCAAGUGGUCCUAACCUGUUCAACCAACCAUGACUUUCGGUUUUUUUUAGUCGAAAACGCCGCCCAAAUUGCAUCCAACAUCAGCACAACCGUCUUCUUCAACCCGACGACUGGCUCUGAAGGAGCCAAAAGUCUGGGUUUCGAAGAAUUGCACUCAACUUUAAGACAGUGCCUCGUGGACAGGCUUCGUUACUCUGGAAAUAACCGUUGA